AUGCCGAACGAUUGUCCAGAACUGGAGCAUCGCCAGCGAGCUUCUGCAUCAGACGCAGCAGACGGCGGAGCAGACCAAAAGGACGACGAUGAGGAGGACGAGAACCCGGAGACGAGGGAACAUUUCCAGCGGAUGCGAAAAGACACCUCCAAUCCGGUUCUGGCAGCCAAGCUGUUUCGUGACAGGAGCUUGCAAGACGAGAUCAACAUCAUUGGCGUGACGACCCGUCCCGUGGUGGAAGAGUUCGUAGAGUGCAUCGACAGGCAAGAGAAGGGACAGGAAAGCUGCUUGCGCUGGAACGCAGAAUUGGCGGCGGGUGACGCUUUCUACCCGACCGUGAUGAAACUCUUGUCCCUACAUCAGACUUUCGCACAUGUCUCGGAUCUGCGCCUGUCGCCGUGGCAGGGUCGAGCCCUCGACAUCGAUGGCUUGGAUGCCUGGGCCAAACGGGAGCAGGAAAUCUGGGUCCAGUCAUUCAAGGUGUGUGUGGAGCUGGCUUCGGCGAGGUGCUGGAGCCAGCUGGUGCACUCAGCAGCGAUGCCCAACCUCAUGGCAGGUGUCUUUCAUCCCCGCGAUUAUGUCCGAGACACUUUGAUGGCUUGGAUGAAACGUUGUUUCGUACGCAUUCAGGAUGCCGUGCGGUAUGUAGAGGAAAAUGAUGACGACACCGCUGCUUCACUCCGAAGCAUUCUCAAAGACAUUGGCUUCCACCGAUCACAAUUGGUUCUCGAGUGCUGGGCCGUUCUGGAAAAGAGUAACUGGGACUUCCGGAACAACGACGUGAGGGAACUUGCGUUUUCCUUGCAUGCUGGACAAAGUACGACGAAAAUGGCGUGCGAGGACAGCUUCAACUGGUUGGCUUCGGUUUGCUCAAGACAAUCUAAAGGAUCUCAGCGCUACAACAAGUGGACAAAGUGGUUCUAUGCCUCAGCAAACCCAACCCUUGCAAAGACCUUCAACAUGGUAACAACGACGCUGGAAGACCUCGUGCGAGUGCAAUGCGUGCCAAAGUCGGACUUACACGGGUCGUCCUUUCGCUCCACAGCAAAUUACCUCCCAGAGGAGGUCGAGUUGCGCAAUUUGCUGCAGGUCAAGAAGAAGUGGAUGUCGGCCGGCACAGCAGCUGAAAUGAGACAAGUGGCCGCAGUGCAGACGCUGUUGGUGACACCGCCUGACAAAUUCGACAAACUGCAGACCCGUUGGGCAGGAUCCCUCUUCAUGAAGGGAGCGGUCGCAGUGCGCGGCGCGGCUGCUUACCUUCUCUUGGGUUUCCGCUCCUAUCUUUGCUUGGCCGUGAGGCUUCAGCAGUUCGAAGCCGACAACAAGAUCUACUGGCAAGUGCCGCCGCUGGACGAGCAAAGCAAGCUGAAGAUUCCUGCGGUUUUGAUCAACGAGGAUGCUUCAAUCGCGACUUGCUCUUGGAAGAUGUGUUCCGUGACACCCGUCAUCCCUGCAAUGAUGCCCGAGCAGCUCAAGAACCUGACAAGUCUCUUGACUCCUUCCAGUGAGCUGGAGCCAUUGCCAAAGGCCGCAGUGCGCCUUGGUAAUUGGCUGGACAAAGCAACGGUCAGGAAACUAUGUCUUGCCAAUGGAAUUGCACAACCUUCACAGGGAACCGGCAAGCCGGGAAAGAAAGGGGUUCGAAGCCUCCGAAAGGCAGACUGGGUCGUAGCACUUGUUCGUGGCAUGUUCCCUGACAUGCCAGAAGACGAGCAGCACAAGAUUCUCAAGAUGUUCAUGAAAACGUGGGAUCCUCGUCAAUUGCAUGCCCGGGUGACGUCGUGGACUGCGUGGACGCGCUAG